AUGGCCAUUGGACACAUUGGACUCCCUGUCGGCGACCACUACGUCGAGAUGCGCGACUUCUACAAGGCCAUCCUCGCCCCUCUUGGCUACACGAUAAAGAUGGAGGCUGACUACGGUCACCCGUUCUGCGGCUUCGGCGUUGAGGGCGCUGGAAUGGAGUUUUGGCUCGGUGGCGGGUGUAAGGGUGGUCUGCAAAAGUACGACGGCAAGCUUGAGGGCCGUGUCGCGCCUAUUCAUGUCGCUUUCAACGGAAAGAGUCGUGAGCAUGUCGAUGAGUGGUAUGAGGCUGCCAUCAAGGCUGGUGCUGUGGAUAAUGGCAAGCCGGGUCUUCGACCGGAGUACAUGCCUGGCUACUACGGCGCCUUUGUCCUCGACCCUCUGGGCAACAACAUCGAGGUUGUCCACUUGACAUUCUAA